AUGCCGAAGAGGCUACCAAGUGCCAAUAGGGCUGAGAUGGGUCCCGACUCAGCCCUUUCUCCAUCCCGGGCAUCGACUUUUGAGCCUCCAACAUAUACUAUGAAGGAUAUAUACGCAGCCAUACCACCGCAUUGCCUCAAACCAGACACGCUUCUCUCACUAUACUACGUCCUACGAGAUUUCUUCUAUGCGGGCACUCUCCUAUUUCUCGCCACCCAAAUCCGCACUUUGCCCAACGAGCACCUCCAAGUUUUAGCAAGGAUUCUCUACUCCUUGUUGCAAGGCCUCGUGUUCACGGGUAUGUGGGAAAUCGCGCACCAAUGCGGCCACGGCGCUCUCUCACAGUCCCGACUCUUCAACAACGUCACGGGACUAAUUCUCCACUCCAUGCUCUUGGUGCCUUUCCACUCGUGGCGCCUCACUCACUCUACGCAUCACAAAACCACCAACAACCUUGAAAAGGACAUUGCAUUUGUACCCAACCUGAAAGAGGAUCAUGAGAAGUUCCACGACGGUCACUCCAAGAUCAGAGAAUAUGUGGAGGAUAUGCCCAUCGUUGCACUUACACACCUCUUCUUCCAUCAGUUGAUAGCAUUUCCCACCUACCUGACUAUCAACAACUUUGCGUUGCCGAGGAUGAAUUGCUACCCGUGGUGGACGAGAAGCCAUUUCUACCUUGGAGGCGAUGGACCGAAUUUUAGAGGCAGAGACAAAAUGGAUAUCCUGCUUUCAGAUAUCUGUAUCGCCAUCUCGGGACUUGGGCUGUGGAUCUUGGCUCGGUAUUUCGGGGGCUGGAACGUGAUGCUGUUCUACGGUUUCCCCUACCUAUGGACCAACCACUGGAUUUUAACAAUAACCUUCCUCCAGCACACCGACUUCUCCAUUCCCUACUACCCUUCAGCAACAUGGACAUUCGUCCGCGGCGCCGCCUCGGCAGUCGACCGUGACUUCGGAUGGAUCGGCCGCCAUAUCCUCCAUGGUGCCAUCGAGAACCAUGUCAUGCACCACCACGUCUCCCGCAUCCCGUUCUACUACGCCAAUGAAGCUUCUGAAGCUGUCAAGAAGGUGAUGGGUGUGCAUUACCAGAGCGACUUCAAGACGCCGUACUUGUGGAGCUUUUGGAAGAACUAUCGUACGUGUCGGUAUGUGGAGGAAACUUCCAAGGGGAGCCAGAUUUACUUUUUUACGAAGGAGCAAUAG